CCUGAAGGAGUGUGUGUGCGCGUGUGUGUUUGUGUGACUUCACCUUCAGCCAUCUUUACCAUGUUAGCCUCUGCAGGACGUCGCGCUCUGGGGGCUCUUAACCCCGGGAUUAACUCCCUAAAGACGAUCUGCCCAAACCAUGCAGCUCUUAAUACGAGCAGGACUUAUGCAGGCCCGGCUGGUCAGGCUGCACUGGCCCAUGGUCGCAUCGUGGCAGUGAUCGGUGCUGUGGUGGAUGUGCAGUUCGAUGAGGGCCUCCCUCCCAUUCUCAAUGCUCUGGAGGUGGCUAACCGUGAGAGCAGGCUGGUGCUUGAGGUGGCCCAGCAUCUGGGUGAAAGCACAGUCAGGACCAUUGCCAUGGAUGGUACUGAAGGUCUGGUUCGAGGUCAGAAGGUUUUGGACACAGGGGCCCCCAUCAGGAUCCCUGUGGGUCCUGAGACCCUGGGCCGGAUCAUGAAUGUCAUUGGAGAACCCAUUGAUGAGAGGGGUCCAAUAAGCACCAAACAGACUGCUGCUAUUCAUGCUGAGGCCCCUGAGUUCACAGACAUGAGUGUGGAGCAGGAGAUCCUGGUCACUGGCAUCAAAGUGGUCGAUCUGCUGGCACCCUACGCCAAGGGUGGAAAGAUCGGUCUGUUUGGCGGUGCUGGUGUGGGCAAGACUGUAUUGAUUAUGGAGCUGAUCAACAACGUGGCCAAAGCUCACGGUGGUUACUCCGUGUUUGCCGGAGUGGGAGAGCGAACCCGUGAGGGAAAUGACCUGUACCAUGAAAUGAUCGAGUCCGGUGUCAUCAACCUGAAGGACAACACCUCAAAGGUAGCGCUGGUGUACGGUCAGAUGAACGAGCCCCCAGGUGCCCGUGCCAGAGUUGCUCUUACUGGUCUGACUGUGGCCGAAUACUUCCGCGAUCAGGAGGGACAGGACGUGCUGCUCUUCAUUGACAACAUCUUCAGAUUUACACAGGCUGGAUCGGAGGUGUCUGCCCUGUUGGGUCGUAUCCCCUCUGCUGUGGGUUACCAGCCCACCCUGGCCACUGACAUGGGUACAAUGCAGGAAAGAAUUACCACCACUAAGAAGGGCUCCAUCACCUCAGUACAGGCCAUCUAUGUGCCGGCUGAUGACUUGACCGAUCCUGCACCUGCCACAACUUUCGCUCACUUGGAUGCGACAACUGUGCUGUCCCGUGCCAUUGCUGAGCUUGGAAUCUAUCCUGCUGUGGACCCUCUGGAUUCUACCUCCCGCAUCAUGGACCCCAACAUUGUCGGGACCGAACACUACGAUAUUGCUCGUGGUGUCCAGAAGAUUCUUCAGGAUUACAAAUCCUUGCAGGACAUCAUUGCUAUCCUGGGUAUGGAUGAACUGUCUGAGGAGGACAAACUGACGGUUUCCCGCGCUCGCAAGAUCCAGCGUUUCUUGUCGCAGCCUUUCCAGGUCGCUGAGGUGUUUACUGGUCACAUGGGCAAGCUGGUGCCUCUCAAGGAAACAAUCAAAGGCUUCCAGAGUAUUCUAGCAGGUGACUAUGAUGCCCUGCCGGAGCAAGCUUUCUACAUGGUGGGUCCCAUUGAAGAAGUCGUCGAAAAGGCUCAGAGACUGGCAGAGGAGCACUCAUAAAUGAUUUGUCUCAAGGUUGGGAGGUUUUAUGAGAUAAAUAUUUGCACAGUAUAAUUUCUAAUAGAGGAACUGCUGAAGUGUCAAGUUGCAUAUGAUGUGUUGUGGCUCCAUUUCUCUUGAAAUGAGAAAAUGAAAUAAAAAAAUAAUGUUGUGAUAUUAA